UUUCUCGAUUUCAAUGUUAAAGUAACCUUACCCUUCCACGCUCCACCAUCCGCACCAUGGCUCGCCGUCUCCUCCUGUUCGUCUUCGUGGCGCUGCUUGCCUUGCCGCGCGGCGCCGUGGAAGCUUACCCGUGGCCAUUUUGCGGAGCCGGGGGCUUCCUGGCGGACAGCAAUUACAAGGCGAGUCUUAGCCUCCUGGCCGCCGCCAUGCCCAAGAACGCCUCCACGUCCCCGGGUCUCUUCACCACCGCGCAGGCCGGCGUCGCCCCCGAGCAGGUGUGGGCUCUCGCGCUCUGCCGCGGCGAUGCCAGCGUCUCCUACUGCGCCAGCUGCCUCGACCAGGCCUUCCAGGACCUCAUCGCCUCCUGCGACUACAAGGACGCCACCAUCUACUACGACUCCUGCUUGCUCACCUACUCCAACAUCCACUUCCGCGCCACCGACGAAAUCAGGUACAGCCCCUAUUACCCAAUCCGCAACCUUGUUAACGCCACGGCGGAGCCGGCGCGGUUCCAGCGCGUCGUGGCGGCGCUCGUCAACGCCACGGCCAGCAGCGCCGCCUUCAACUCCGACACGCGCCUCUAUGCGUCCGGGCAGGCCGACUUCGACAAGGAGCUGCCCCAGGUGUACAGCUGGGCGCAGUGCACGCCGGACUUCUCGCCGGACCGCUGCUGGAGGUGCCUCGUCCGGAUCAUGAGGGAGCUACCGACCUUCUUCACCGACGCCAUCGGAGCCAGGGUUCUCGGGAUCAGGUGUAGUAUCAGGUAUGAAACCCAGCCAUUCUUCAAUGGCACGGUCACCGUGCGGCUGUCGGCAACAUCAGCCAGUGGGCCGGCGCCGGCCGUGGUGCCUAAUGUCGUGACGUCCGUGGGGGCGGCUGGAGACGGAAGAAAGUACAGAGUUCCUAUCAUGGUGCCUGUAAUUUUGUUGCCUAUCGUGGCAAUUAUAAGCUUUGCCACCUGCUUAUUUUCCUGGAGGGCGCGGAGGCCACAAAACGAAGAAAACCAACCAUAUCCCAGCUAUUCCCCUGAAGGCGAAGAUGUUGAGGGCGUCGACUCGAUGAUGAUUGACAUUUCAACACUACGAGCUGCAACCGGCGAUUUUGCGGAGAGCAACAAGCUUGGCGAAGGAGGGUUCGGUGCGGUGUACAAGGGCACGCUCCACGAUGGCGAGGAGAUAGCAGUGAAGAGGAUGUCAAAGACCUCCACACAAGGAGUGGAGGAGCUGAAGAAUGAGCUGGCUUUGGUUGCGAAGCUGAGUCACAAGAACCUUGUCAGGCUCAUUGGUGUCUGCCUGGAGCAGAAGGAGAGGCUGCUAGUGUAUGAGUUCGUUCCUAACCAGAGCCUAGACCUCAUCCUAUUCGACGCUACGAAGCGCGAGCAGCUCUAUUGGGGGAAAAGGUACAAGAUCAUUGACGGGAUCGCUCGAGGCCUGCAGUACCUCCAUGAAGACUCCCAGCUCAAAGUAGUCCAUCGCGAUCUCAAAGCUAGCAACAUCCUUCUCGACAUGAACAUGAGACCCAAGAUCUCGGACUUUGGCCUCGCCAAGAUCUUCGGACGAGACCAGACACAAGGCGUCACCAACCGUGUCGUUGGCACAUAUGGAUACAUGGCACCGGAGUACAUGAUGCGUGGGAACUAUUCAGUGAAAUCGGAUGCGUUCAGCUUCGGGGUUAUGGUCCUCGAGAUCGUCACUGGGAGGAAGAACAACGACGACGACUACGACGACGGCUCGAGGCAAUCGGACGAUCUCCUUACCAGAGUGUGGGAGCACUGGAUGAGCGGGACAGUGCGGGAGGUAGUUGACCCGUGCAUGAAUGGCAGAUUCUCCGAGAAAGAGGUCCUCAAGUGCGUCCACAUAGGGCUUCUCUGCGUGCAAGGGAACCCAACGGACCGGCCUACGAUGUCUGUGGUGGUCAUGAUGCUCGGCGGCGAGACAUUCACUCUCCAUGCGCCGUCCAACCCGUCGUUCGGCUCAAAGACGGACGGUGCCGGUGCCGACUAGUCCUAUACGGUGUGCAUGCAUGUUGCAGCCCUAACUACUGUGGCGUGCCUUUUUCCGGCCUGCAAGCACGGCGCAGCCCAAAUGCGACUUUUUUCGAAACGGGGAAUAAGACUCCGGCUUCUGCAUCAUGAUGACGCAUAUGACUUUUUAUUAAUAAAAGUUAUGAGUACAAAGUUUUAGAA